GUCUCCUUAUAGACUGUGCUGUGUCCGGUCUCCAUAGACUCGACCUCGCCCCGGUGCACACCAUAAUCCUCUUUCAUAAUGUCUAGCAGCUCCGGAAACCCUCCUUCUGGCGGCGGCCGACUCCCGCCCCUCUUUGAUCCGAGUCUCUUGCAGCCCAUUGUGCGGCCUAAGCGCACGCCCAUGGCGUGUCUCGAGUGUCGCCGGCGCCAAGUGAAGUGCUCUGGCACGACCCCGCGCUGCGAGCGCUGCAAGAAAAAAGGCAUCGAGUGCGCGUACAUGUCGCUAAGCGAGCAGCGCUCGACCGGCGGUUCCAUCUCCCGAUCUGGCACCCCCCAAGCCGCCGGCGCGUCCGGCCAGGCGCAACAGCAGCAAAGCACCCGCCUCGCGUACCAAGCCCAGUGGUCGCAGGACGCGCAAGCACUACCGACGGGCACAACAUACGCCGCGCCGCAGGGCUGGCAGGGCCCGACUCCCAUGCAAGGGUCCUCCGCGGGCGGCCAGUACGCACAUGCGCAGUCAGGGCAGGGCUACCCCAAUACGCAGAUGGUUUAUCCUCAAGGAUACUCUGAACAACAGGCAGCAGCCUAUGCUCAAUCCCAGGGCGGCGUCGCCGUGCCCGGUGGCGGCGCGGACCUGUUCGCGCAAGGGUAUGGCAUGGCUCCUCAGCAAGGCUACGCGAGCGGGACGACGUACAACGCCUACGGUCAUGGCGUACCCAACAUGGAUCCGGCGUACGCAUACCAGGCUUCGCAGAUGGGAGCGGGGCUGCCCGGCGUUGACCAACAAGGUGCGCCGUACGGCGGCCAGUACGCCUCGCAGAUGUACUUCGACCAGAACGCGGUCCAGAUGAUGUCCGCCGAUGCCGCCGCGGCACAGCAGUGGGCCGGCAACACCCAGGGCUACCAAGGCCACGGCUUCCCUGGGCAAUAGAGUUGUGCGGCGGUUGAUCUACCCUCCUAAUGUCCUAAUCUCCGGACUUCCCGAACGAGCUUCACUGGCAGCGGUCUCGUAUUGGCUUGAUUUCUCCACCCGGUCGUGUAGCGCAUAUUUAACGUGUCUGGUUUGGGCCCUUGUGGCAAAGUGUUCCGCGUUGUAUUAUUAGGCGUACCCAGCUCGUAAUGCCCCUCCUCUCUUGCGAUCUUGUAUUUAGUAGCCACCUUGCUCAGUCUCACCUAUGCCUAUUUUCUCCCUGGUCCGUAUGUAUAGAAUACACGUCUC